CAGUAUAGUACCUUUCCCUCUACUCUACCAUCUGCCUGCCUUGUGUGUCACCACGUCCACCUUAUCUCUGACGGCGACAGGACUUCUUGUUACAGAGAACAGCUGGCUGCCUCUAAAGCUACUGAGCUCCAAUUGAUGUGACCAUCUCUACAUAACUCAGAGCAGGCUCCAUACACAGCACUUAUGACUAACCCCGCAAAUCCUUGCUAAAGGCGCUCGUACACUGGAGAGAUGAAUGAAAGCCUUAAUGACAACGACACAAGCUUCCCUCUCCCCUGGAUCCAGGCAAGCGAUGCUAAUGCCUCCCUGGAGCUGACUGCUUUUUUCUCUGUGUUUACCAUCAACCCGUGGGAUAUAAUGUUGUGUAUCUCGGGGACCAUCAUCGCUUGUGAAAAUGCCAUUGUGGUGGCUAUCAUUUUCUACACGCCAACUCUAAGAACCCCUAUGUUCGUGCUGAUUGGUAGCCUGGCCACGGCAGACCUUCUGGCUGGCUUUGGCUUAAUUCUGAACUUUGUUUUUCAAUAUGUCAUUCAGUCAGAGACUAUAAGCCUCAUCACCGUGGGCUUUCUGGUGGCCUCUUUCACUGCUUCUGUGAGCAGUUUGUUGGCCAUCACAGUGGACCGUUACCUCUCUUUGUACAAUGCACUGACUUAUUCCUCAGAGAAGACCGUUCUUUGGAUACACAUCAUGCUCAUUGUCACUUGGGGGGUCUCCAUAUGUUUGGGACUCCUUCCAGUGCUGGGAUGGAACUGCCUAGAGGACGACAUGUCCUGCAGCAUUGUGAGGCCAUUGACCAAAAGUAAUGUAACUCUGUUAUCCACCUCUUUCUUUUUCAUCUUCAUUUUGAUGCUACACCUCUACAUCAAAAUUUGCAAAAUAGUGUGUAGACAUGCUCACCAGAUAGCACUUCAGCAACAUUUUCUCACAGCCUCCCAUUAUGUUGCCACCAAAAAAGGAGUGUCUACAUUGGCCAUAAUCCUUGGGACAUUUGGGGCCAGCUGGCUACCGUUUGCCAUUUAUUGUGUGGUUGGAGAUCCAGACUAUCCUUCAGUGUACACUUAUGCUACACUUCUCCCUGCCACUUACAACUCAAUGAUCAACCCUAUCAUAUAUGCCUAUAGAAAUCAAGAAAUCCAGAGGUCCAUGUGGGUCCUUUUCUGUGGUUGCUUUCAAUCCAAAGUGUCCUUUCGUUCCAGGUCACCGAGUGAUGUCUAGAAUGUGACAAUUCAGCUUUACUCUAGCACUGCACACGUGACAAUCUAGUGAAUUAACAGUGCCUGUUAUGGACUUAACUAGAACCCUUUGGACUUGUUGGAACAAACUUUGAAAUACUAGCACUUUAUAAUGCGUUUGUAUCUCUGGGGAUGUUACUGGCUAUUUUAGAGCUUGUACUUCCCUUCAACAAAAAUGGGUGUGUCCUGAAAGUGUAGCACACUUUGUCACGUUUGGGAUUUCAGAACUGCUUGAACAUGGCACUUUAAUAUUAGCUGCUAAACUGCCAAAACAGUGUUGCAAUUUUCUGACGGUUGGAUGAGCAUGAAAGUUGUGUAUUUUGUUUGUUUGUAUGUU